AUGAAGGCCUUCUUUCUAGGAGUACUAGCAUCUCUUGCUAGUGCCGAUAUCGGAACAGCAGGCCCAUAUUCCCCUCCGUACUUGCCAACAAGAUGUUAUGGCAGCAAUGCGAACCAGUUCCCUCCUGGAAACCUCUUUGUAGCUGCCAGUGACGGUCUCUGGGAUAACGGGGCAGCCUGUGGUCGGAGAUACCGCAUGAGGUGCCUCAGUUCGACCAAAGGCGCCUGUAAGACCGGAACCGUAGACGUUCGGGUUGUUGAUCUUGCAAGGAAGCCCGGAAAUACGAUAGAUGUUUCUCAAGACGUAUGGGCACAGCUGGUUAACACGAACUCUGGCGAAACUCGCGCAAACAUUGAAUACGUACAAAUUUGA